GGUCGAAAGAGGGGGACGCGUGCAACUGCUUUCGAUAAUCGGCCGCGCGUUCGGUACGUGAAAAUCGGACAGUUCACAGCCAGUCACGUAAACGUAAAAACGGAUAUAUGCCCAGAAUAUUUAUUAAGUGGGUGGUUGUGCGUGACUUUUCCCUUGUAGCUAGCCCAGUAAAUGAUCGGACGCGAAAAUAGAAUGGUUUGUUUGAUAACUAAAGACUUCCGCGCCUGAAAACACCAUCGCAGCUUAUUUGCGACAUGUUAACUGGCUGACUGUUCGGGACUAAACUGUGUUAUGUGAAAUGGACCUCUUAUUCGAAUUUUGAAAUGUGCGCGUUUGGAAUCUGUUUUGAACUCGAAUAAAAAAAAAGUGACAAUGUUGCCAUAUCAAGCUGUGGCUAUGGACUAUGUAGCGGGGUUCCCUCAUCACCAGCGGCCUGGUGGGUUGCCUGGAGUGAUGGGCCUGCCGGGACCAGGUCCAGGGCUGAAUCCAGGGCUGAAUUCUGCCUUCACCCAUUCCUGGUUCGUACAGACAAGCCCGGAUAUCUGUCGGCAGCAACAAGCAUCCAACCAAUCGCAUCUUGAACCUGGCAUUCUCGAGCUUCGAAAAGAGAAGAGUAGAGAUGCAGCAAGAUCUCGCCGUGGUAAAGAGAACUAUGAAUUCUACGAAUUAGCGAAGAUGCUGCCUCUACCGGCUGCUAUUACCAGCCAGCUGGACAAAGCCUCCAUCAUUAGGCUUACUAUCAGCUACCUUAAGCUUCGGGACUUCUCAGGACACGGUGACCCUCCAUGGAGUCGGGAUACGCCGCCUACCAGCAAAGCUCUAAAAGGUGCUCAAAACAGACGGACAGGCCUCGGCCUGGCGAUGGACCUCUUUGAGCAGCAUCAGGGCACACACAUACUCCAGUCCCUUGACGGCUUUGCAUUAUCUGUAGCAGCUGAUGGGAGGUUCCUGUACAUAUCUGAAACUGUUUCAAUAUAUUUAGGAUUAUCACAGGUAGAGAUGACGGGCAGUAGCAUAUUCGAUUACAUUCAUCAAGCUGACCAUGCAGAAAUGGCUGAACAACUAGGGCUGUCACUCGCAGGCCGAGGCGGUGCAGGGCUAAACAGCCCAGCAUCAGGCAGUGAAGAGGGCAGUCAACAUGGAACUAAUAACCCUGACGUGUCAGCACAAAUGACGUUAGCAGCAAGUGGAUCAUUAUACAGAGGAAUGGAUAGAGCUUUCUGCAUCAGAAUGAAGAGUACGCUCACAAAACGGGGUUGUCAUUUCAAGUCGUCAGGAUAUAGGGUGGUGCUAAUGCUCUGUAGACUACGGCCGCAAUAUACGUUCUCCCACAGUCGGAAGACACCACCCUCUCUUCUAGGAAUGGUGGCGUUAGCUAUCGCUCUGCCACCACCCUCCGUUCAUGAGAUACGACUGGAGUCCGACAUGUUUGUUACAAGAAUCAAUUUCGACUUCAGAAUAGCGCAUUGCGAACCCAGCAGGGUUCAGGAGUUACUGGGCUAUACGGCAGAGGAGCUUACGGGGAAGAACCUGUAUGCUCUAUGUCAUGGGGAAGACGCCAAUAAACUUAGGAAAUGCCAUGUAGAUUUAAUGAACAAAGGUCAAGUGCUUACCCACUACUAUAGAAUAAUGAAUAAACUGGGCGGUUACACCUGGAUGCAGACUUGUGCGACGGUUGUUUGCUCCUCUAAGAAUGCAGAAGAGCAGAAUAUUAUUUGCGUCAAUUAUGUUAUCAGUGGACGAGAAUACCCGAAUACAGUAAUGGACUGCUGCCAGUUAGAAGAAAGCGUACAAGGUGUUAAAAGGGAAGAGUCUACCGGGGAUCCUGAAAAUGGUCCCCCAGAUGCAGAUGCGCCCGGUGCCCCACCUCCCACAGCAAGACACGCAACGGAAAGAACCGAACCCCCGUCUAAUAACGAUUCUGCCGCAAACGCACCACCUACGUCAGAUGUAACUCAUCUUACCAGACUGAGCGACUCACAACCUGUACCUCUUCACACUACCCCAGAAAGAACUUCCCCUAUGCCAGCACGAAGACUGAAAAAACGUAAACACACAACAGAGGAAGAUGAAGAUAGAGAGGAGGAAAGACGAAAAAGCUCGUCAAAUCCGGGUACUGCAAUAUCCCCAGUAGAACGCGACAUGUCAAAAACAAUAUCUAUGCCAGAAAGUACGGACGCGACUUCAGUCAGAGAUUUGGAAAAUGCCAUGUCGAAACAUUUGCCUUCUGUGGGUUUAGACAAAGAAAUUUCUCACAGGCCGACGGAUUUCUCAACGGAUGCUUUACUGAAGCAACAACAGCAGAAAUCUACCAUACAGUGGAUAGGCACGCAAAAUCACGCUUUAAAUCAUUUGAAUAGACAAAUUCCCGGAAACCAUUCAUCAACACCCGCAUCGGCGCUGCUAAGGCAGCUGUAUGCUAAUCGGGAAAGUGUUAUUAGAAGUAAUUUCCUGGGAGAUGCGAGAUCAGGAGGAUAUUACUCGGGAGACGGCCAGACUGGACCUUUACCCACGCCUCCUGGCAGUGAAGGUUCUGGCUAUAGCGAACAAUUAGGCCACAAAGGCACAGAUAUCGGGUCACUAGCGUAUGGCUACGCGGACUACCAUUCAGCAAUGACCCCGCCUGGCUCGGUUUCUCCGAGAGAUAAACAACAAUACGCUCUGCCAUAUGAUAAUAACGCUUAUUCAGAGGCAUUAAGGCACUCCUAUUUAGGAGACACGCCAUUGCCUUUAAAACCCCAGGCGUAUUCCGCGGUCCCAGGUGCGUUGGACUAUGCGUCAUCGCUAGACCAGUCACAAUUUUUCCAUCCAGCGCCAUCGUUCCAUCUCUAUCACCCGCAGGCGCAUUCGCAUCCGUCUCACUCACACCAACCCGUAGAUAAGUCCGCUCCACCAAAUACUAAUUGGUAUUCAACGAGUUCAUAGCCAUAUUGAUGAGGAACUUUCACAGUGUCGUCCAAAUAGAUUUUGUUUCCUUCUUAUAUUGUUAUUGUUUUGUGAAAGUGAUUAGGGAUCUGUGGUUGUGUAACUGAAGCAUUCCAUUAGCUGUUAACGAAAAGACUUUUCUAAUACUCAUGAUUUUAUCAGUUUCAAAGUAUUCAGAUGUAUAUCGUAUUAAAAUUUACAUGAAACUGUUUAUGUACCAAGUAGUAGUUUGUAGGCAUAUCUGGCUACUGAGUAUUCGAGCUAUUUAUAGCUUUCUUGCAUAUCAUAUAAAGGCUUGUAUUCCAAAACGUAUCUCUGAUCACUUUGCACUGGAUUCAAACUUUUUUUGAUCUUAAAACGAUUAACUGAUUCACGUUAUGGAAUAUAAGCCAAGAAGUAACGUAAGCUUUGUGUAAAUGAUUGUACAAUAGUUAGCACCUGACUGUACUUAGAUUAAUAUUUUAACUUGUAAAUUAUACUAGUUAGCGUUGUAUAUUAUUUUAUUGGAAAUAAGAUUUCUUGUAAAUACGUUGUUUAAAAAUAGUGUUUUUAGUUUUUUGACAAUGCUCAAAGACUUGUUUCAUGUUCUGUUUAGGUAAUUAUUAUUAAAUAAAAUUAUGUAGGAUUCCGAAAUUUGCACAGUACCCCCUUUCCAAUUACAUACAAGAAACUGCGUUUUCUCUUAUAAAAACGACUCAUAUUUAUGUCAACAAUUGGUAAUUGCUAAGAAGGACUUUAACAUUAAACCCGAUCAACCACCUAAGGCUAAAUAUAUUGGAUAAGAGCUGAUUAGCUAAAAAGUACAUCACGGUAUCUUGCUUAUAAAAG